AUGCCAGCUACCCGGUCAACGCGCCGGAACCAGGAAACGAAGACUGCCUCCACAGCCACAGAUGGUGCUCCAGAGACAGCUAUUUCAGAAAGAAAGCGAGGUCUCAGUGUAACUGGGGCUUCUGUAGCAAAGCGACCAAAGAAGUCCAGCUCCAGUAGUAUCACAAAGAAGCCUCAGUCAGAGCCGAAAAGGGACAAGAAAGCACGGGAUAAAGAUACCUCAGAAGCAGAAAAAUCGACCGGAAGAGCUUUGGAAAACAGGGAACCUGAGAGCGUACAAAAGAUAAGACCUGAAGAAGGUAAAGACGAGGAAGAGGAAGUGGGAAAGCCUAGUUCAUCGCAAUAUACGGCUGCAGAGAAACAGAAAACCAAGGAAGAACAAUCUGCAGAAAUGAACCCUCUAGCUCCCCGCGCUUCUGGACUACGAAUGUAUGUGGGAGCUCAUGUAAGCGCAGCAAAAGUAGCUGACCAUACUUCCAGGGGAAAUGCAUUCGCACUAUUUCUAAAGUCGCAGAGAAAAUGGGACAAUCCUCCUCUCCAAGACGAGCAUAGAGAUUUGUUCAAGAAAGCGCACGUCCUUCCACAUGGCUCAUACCUCGUGAAUCUAGCACAGGAAGAUCCAGCCAAGGCAAAAGUAGCGUAUAAUUCCUUCUUGGAUGACUUAAAACGUUGUGAGGCGCUUGGUAUAAAGCUAUAUAACUUCCAUCCAGGGGCAACAAAUAAGACGUCUCUCGAGUCGUCACUCUCUCGCCUUGCCAAAGCCCUGAUAUCCGCUCUUGAUGCAACAAAGACCGUUAUUCCAGUGCUCGAGACAAUGUGCGGUCACGGAACUACGAUUGGUGGCCCACUGUCUCACUUCCGUGAUCUCUUCGCGCUAAUUCCAGAAUCAUACCAUCCUCGACUUGGUGUUUGUGUCGAUACUUGUCACAGCUUCGCAGCAGGGUAUGAUCUACGCUCUCCAGCUGGCUGGGACAGGUUCAUGACGGAGUUCGACGAAACCAUAGGUCUGAAGUUUCUACGAGCAUGGCAUUUAAAUGAUUCAAAAACACCCCUGGGUAGCAACAGAGACCUCCACGCUAACAUUGGAACCGGAUUCCUGGGGCUGAGGGCAUUCCACAACUUGAUGAACGACAAGAGAGCGGAAGGGAUGCCGAUGGUGCUGGAGACCCCGAUUGAUAGGCCUGUCGAGGGUGCAGGGACAGGGGCUAAAAGUAAAAAAACAAUCGAAGAUAAAUCCGUUUGGGCCAAAGAGAUAAAGCUUCUCGAGAGUCUUAUUGGCAUGGAUCCUGAGAGUAAAGAGUUCCUUGAGCUCGAGGCCAAACUGGCAGAUGAAGGGAAAGAAGAGCGGGCCAAACAUCAGGCCAUGUUCGACAAGAAGGCAAAGGAGAAUUCCGGCAAGAGCAAGGACAUAAGGUCCAUGUUCGGUAAAGGGAAGCCCAAGAGGAAAGGUUCGAGGAAGAAGGACGAGAGCAGUGAAGAUGAAACCGAUGGAGAGUGUGGCAGCAGCCACGAAUGA